AUGUUCGCCCCCAACAACAGUGUGCUACAACUGCAGACAACGAUGAAUGAUGCGGUCAGUGCAUUAGAGAGGGGUCUCACUGCUGCCGACGUCAGGCCCUCUCGUCUGUAUUUACCACCGUGCACAGCCGAAGCCUACGAAGACUUCGUUCGUCUACUAAUUACUGAGACGAUGUUGGCAGAAAAAGCGGUAUGUGUAUAUCUGAUUAAAUGUUUUCAGAUCAAACAACUGGCCGUGGUGGGAGGGCGGAGUGAGAAUGACUUUAUCACAAAUCUCCUGACUGAUCUAAUUGGUCCGCCGCUUUGUUGCGCCUUCUGCUGGAGGGGCGGAUCAAAGGAGAAGCGUUCGUUCCUAGCCUGUCCAUUGCUAAGCAUCGCCAACGAUGAAUCUACUUUUUGCUUAUUGAUACAUACAGAUGCCAUCGACAAAAACCCCCGUUGUAACAAUUGCAACAUGGAGGUAGUUCAACAGACGGCUAUUAAUUGGUUCCAUGGGUCGAAGGACCGUUAUGGGGGGCGAUCGAAACGUAGGCGCAACAUUCACACAGCACGACAUUUUGCUUUGAAUGAUUGCCUAAAUGUGUUCAAUUUCAAGGGGUCCACAACUUUCCCCUCCGAAUCACGCGUAAGUUAACUGAAAACAGACUGCUGCUAACACAUCUUAUGUUAUUUCCCUCCUUGCAGUAAUGUCAAAAGCAUAACCCAUGACCUACCACGGUUCUUUUUUGCAGGAACCGCCGAUAACCAGUGGAAAUGGUCCAGAAGCCCUUUAAUGCUCAUUGAAGAACUGUAUCCUUGCCUGUAUUUUUCGUGCCGAUUUCUCUCAUUUGCAAAUACGAAAUAAACCUUCGUUUCUACCCAUUGUCUGUCCACUUUCCUAUAAUGUGGGAUAUAGUGAACGCUCACUAGGUCGUCCGGUUGUGCACUUACACGGGGUGUUUAUCGCUGAUUUGCUUAAGCCGAGGAUAGGAGGAUGCGAUAGCCGCCAGUUUAGAAUGAGUGCACUCGCGAGUACAGAACGGAAGCCAUAAAGGGAUGGAGGACAAAUGGAGAAUGGGAGGCGCCGCCACGCAUUUUUUGAAUGGUGCGGUCAAACCUGGCUGUGGUGUCCAGGGCCACACCUUCGCCACGCCAAAUGAUCACGUUUGGCCGCCUCAUAGCCAGCUCUUGCCGCAAGGCGCCGCUAGCCGGGGCUGGUGUUGGCAGGGAUUGCGUCAAGUGUUUUCAACUUAUUUUCCUCUUCAUAGAAUUGUGAUUGCUCCGAACAAAGUGCGUGAAAGAACACUUACCUGAUAUCGGCUGUGUGCGGGUUGUCGGGUCAGCACCAUUUUUUUACAGGAUGAGACCGGCAGAGGGAUCAGAGCUCACGAGCUCCAUCAUUAUGGAAGAUUAAUUUGGUGGAUUCAACACCCAAAAAUUUUAGGAAUUCUUCUGAAUGCAUGGUGUAAGUAAUAUUUCUGUUGCCCAAGGAAUAAUCUCGCAGAAUAUUCACAUCCAUGGGCAAGUGUUUUCAGAUUGUAAUUGUGUUCACCGGAAAGAACUGACGGUAUUUAACGGAACGUGCCAGUGAAAGAAAUAAAGAAGACUUCGCAGCGACUGUUGAGUCGCGUGGUCAAGAUGUUUUGAAGUAGGAAGCGGAUUUAAAGUGCGACUAUCUAGAGGCCUAAGAAAAAAUAUUCCAGUUUGUAAUCAGCGAAAUCGCAACGGAUCAUGGUUUGCAAGACCGCAGCGUCCUGUGUAAGUAAAAUUUCGCGCUCAGGAGUCAAAACCCUCUUGGUAAAAAGUGCUGAAUGGAUCCUUUUUUCCUCCUCUCACCAGCGCGCACGAGGCUAAAUGGAAACGAACAGUAUCGCAGGUCCGCAGUCUUCGACCAAUCAUAGAAUCACCUGUUCGACACGGUUAAAUAGUUAACUGUUUUUGUAUACAACCAAAAAGUCUGACGACGAGCUGGGGAACCAUACUCGAAAACUUGCGCAUUAGAAGUUAUUCUCUUUCCAGAUAAUCGUGCUCAUUUUCAAGUACAUUUUACAAAAGCGCAUUCUAAUAUCGCUAGUUUUAAUGUGUCGGUAGAUAUUCCCAGUCGUUCUGCGUGCUUUGGAGACUGUCAGAGAGCAGUGUUCAGAAAGAUUAAGACUGUCGAAGUAUGACACACCCAGAUCCUUAACAACUUCAGUCAGAUUUAUGUCGCGAGCCUCAACACUUAGUUGAGGCUGAUGGUCGCUGCCAAGCACCAUGACUGAACACCUUGGUCGGAUUACCCCGACGCAUAGCAGGGAGGAAUGCAUGCUCGAUCCAUAAGAUGAUGCUCGAUCCCAUAUGCGAUUUCAGUAAUCAUGUCACGAUAAGAGGCUUUCACAGUCUUAUUGGUCAAUAUCGCAUCGGCUGUACUUUCAUCAUCACACAUUACUGGGAUAGGAAAAGGCCUACUAGCUUUCCAGUUUCUUACACCGUCCUGAUUUAGUCUGACUGUUUCUCAUUUCCCUCUUUUGACUCCUUUUACCUUGUUCCAUACUUAUUUUACAUUGUUCCGUUGCUUUCUAAAUUGUGUGGAUUUUUUGACACUACGCAUGAUUCACCUCUUCUCUGUCUUGUCCUUGCUCGCAUUCUCUAUUAGCCUUCAAAGAUAUCGGUGUACAUUCGAGCUUAACUCCUAAACUUGUUCUUCUUUUGGAAGAACCGUAAAAUAUGCACGCAGUGGACGCUUUCGCUUUACCACCUUAACCUAACAAUUGCUCGAUAUUUAACUGGGCUGGCCAGUAAGCGGUCUCUAUUAGAUCGUUGUUGAAAUUCCUACGGGCAAAGAGAAUCUGUCUGCCGAUUCAUGAUAAACGGAGGCAUAACGUCCAUUUCAUAAAAUAGUUUUUAUUUCAUAUAAAUUGUUCCAUUCUCAUUGUGUCGUAUCCAGGUGGGAUAUAAUUAUGUCUAAAAGUUUUUGACGUACUAUUUCUUGAGUGGCAUAUGCUGUUCGUGGUCCAUAAACCUUUUGGAGCCCUUCCUGACCCAGCCGCUUGUCAAUAGUACUGCACAGACAUGUGAAAGACAAACCAGCUAUAGUAGAUAUUACGGGCCAAAUGAGCACUAUCGUUAGAUGUACUGACUAGCGCAAAUGAUGUUAUUCUCUGUGCCCUUAAAAAUCGCUAUUUUGGUUCAACACCAUUUGAGGCAAGCUCAUCGUCAAGGGUUGGUGUCAGUGUCCGUCUUGCAAACUGUACUUGAAUUUAUCCUGGUGGAUUUCUCAGCCUUAUAGAUUACCUCACACUACACCAAAGUUUUCGAACUCUUGCUUUUAUUCCGCCUCCGUUUUCAGGCAGCAAGUUUUCAAAUGCCAUACAGCUUACUUCCGGCGUUGCUCCAAUAUCUACGCAUUUGCGAAACCCUCAUAUAUAAAGGUGACUUAAUUUUUUCUCCACAAACCAGACGUAUUGUUGAUCUUCUCAUAAUCUUGUUAGUUUACGCCAGCGCUGCACCUAAUUACGUUUUACGGCCGCGUUCUCCAAAUGAAUGAGAUUUCACCGUAGACCAGAGAACUAAGCGUGUUCCCCUUCCGGAAUACCUAUUCAAACUUGCCGCGCAAAUAAUUAACCGGGAUGCGAGUCAAUUCGUGGCAUACUACUCACUCAUAAGUAUUCCUACCCCCGACUGAGCUUCAUUGACGUAGAAGCAGUGAAAGCGAUAUUAUCCCACUACCCCGUCCAUGGUUUACAACUCAGAGCCUCCUUAAUCACGGCUAUGGUCGAAGCUGCAGUUUCGAACAUUUAACGACCCCUGCCAUAUAGGCACGCAAGAAGCCCUUCCUUGUUUGCAAAGACUGCAAGAAUUUACCGGAACAUUUCCGAUUUUGGAAACGUCCGUUCAUCAAUGACACGAAUGUUUCCAGUCAUGUUAAUCUCCGUCUCUCAUUAAACUUGAGAAUCGUGACAAAAGCUCCGACACAAAAUUUCCGACCGUUAAGGUUGCUGAGUGGUGAUUUUGUCUACAUAAGUCGAUACUUUUUAUUUGCGCCCACUCCAGGCAGGCGUCUCAGAAAUUACCUCAUUGAGGUACACAAAAUAGUUUAUGAGCUUGACAACUUUGGUAUUUUUUGGGUACAGACACUAACACUGCCGAGAAUAUCGGUAUCAUUGUAUGAGUUUGCUACGAACAUAAACAAUUCGAUCAUCGGAUUUAUCGGAGAACCACAAAACCUCAUGAAAUAGGCCACCUGAUUUUAUAGUUAGACCUCCAACCUGACUCUUUCAUUUGAGUCGGCUUGAUUCCGCGUGCUUCACCCAUCAUAACAUAUUUUUAAGAUUUCGAACAUUUGUUGCUGGCGAAUACCACACACGGGGUACCCUUCCUAGUCCAACCCUUAUAUUUAUUAUCCUUAAAAUACACUUCCUUUCCUGUUAAUUUGCCCGUUGUGUCGUUAUAUUGUUUUUUCUGCUUCCAAUUGUGAAUUACACUGGUUUUCGCUAUGUUAGUCGUUCUGGAUUCUCAGUACAAUUUGUACUUAAAUAAUUUUAUUCCCACCUAUAUAACUAUUUUUAUCCUCUCUAUUUGCAUCUCGUCCUGCUACCCCUUUCCUCACUGGUUUAUCCGUCCUGCUUUCCGCAACAAUAUUGUCCCCUUUCAUGGAAACCUUUGACACUACAGGAAGAUGAGACGUUUCUUGUCUAGUAAUUCUACUUUUCCCUUUUUAAAUCUAUUGCGUUGUUCCACCUACUCCGUUUCUAUCUGUUGUACCUAUUUAUUACUUUCACAUAUUUCUUUCGGUUGGCUUUGGUAAUCGUGGUCGACACAUGGUUUAGAAACGUUUUUUUUACGGGGAAGGUUUCACGUAUUUUGACACCUGAUUGGUCACAUGAACCGUUCCUCCUCGAAAAUCUUUUUAUAGACCCUUUUGCCUGCACGAACUCCCCAAGCCGAAUGCAGCUCGAGGGCCUUUAAAUAG